CGUCUCUCCUCCUCAGUCCUCACGCCUCCAACUCCAAGCGCCGCCUCCUCCCCCACCCCAAGCAAAGCCCCCAUCGCCGGAGAAGCGGAGGUGAGCCCGUCGCCGGCUGCUGCGGGAGGAUCAUGGCAGGGAGGGAGGAAGACCCCGUCGCGCCUGAGCGAGCGGAGGCCGCCAUCGUCGCCGGCGGCGUCAUGGCGAGCAGGGAGGAGAACCCCGCCCCCCGUGACCGUCCCAUUCCUGGAGGAGGGGAGGAGGAGGAGGAGGUGGGGGAAGAGGAGGAGGAGGAGGAGGUGGGGGAGGAGGAGGAGGAGGAGGACGACGACGACGACGACGAAUAACAUUGGUUUUUCUGUGUAAUAUGCAUGGGCGUUAUCUCCAAUCCUGUGGUCACGUGUAUGAGCUUGUGGGCAUAUAUUCUGCCGUUUAUGCCUGGCGCAUUACAUGUCUCGAGGACCUGCAAUCUUAUUGGUUGCGUGAUUUCAAUCCUGCACCCUGGUAAGGGAAAUGCAGAUGAAGUUGACGGGAUCAGAUCGGAAGAUGUGGCUUGUCUCAUUUGCCAGGAACUUUUGUUUGACCCAUCGGUCCUGAAUUGUGGCCAUGUUUACUGCAUGCCAUGUUUAACAUCUGUGGGUGGAGAGGAACUUGAAUGCCAAUUUUGUGGAGCUCCACAUCCCGCUGAACCUACAGUAUGCUCAAAUCUGAAGAACUUUCUGAAACAUCGCUUCGAAGAACUGUAUAACUCAAGGCAAGAGAAAAGUUCAGGUGUUCCAAGCAGGAAGGAAGGCACUCGCAAAGGGAAACCUUCAGAGAUAUUGCAUACCCACGUUGGGGUGGGCUGUGAUGGUUGCGGGGUCUUCCCAAUCCAAGGGAGAAGAUACUCAUGCAAGGAGUGUGAGGCACCAGGUUUAGAUCUGUGCGAGAAAUGCUUCAUGACAGGAUCUACUGCAGAGGGACGCUUUGAUCAGAAGCAUACUGCAGAUCAUGACAUGGAACUGGAUGACUCAUUCCUUUUCCCCAACUUAGUGGAUUACAUGGAUGACCUAUAUAUCGAUAUGACUUGAGUGAGGGGUGGACGGUGCUGAACAUGAGGCAGUGGAAAUAGGGAAUGAGCGGUGAGAGUAGAGGACUAACCACCGUUGAAGGUGUAACUUUUGUCUAGAAUUCAAUAUGUAGAUUUACAAAUGCUGCAUCUGCGGUUUAACUCUCGGACAAAUUUAUUACAACGUUUGGUGCUGUGAGACCCAUGAUAAUUUGGGCGUUUGCACGAGUCCGUGUGCUUUUGUUGGAUUCGAUUGACUGAUCGGAGUCAGACAUCCAUGCCGACCUCUAUCUACUUGUACCGAUGUAGUGCCAAUUAUUUUUCCAUGCCAGAACUACUGCUUACCGUUGUCAA